UGCGUGAAAGACCAAAGGAAACCAAAAUCACGGGUCCACCCUCCGUGACUCUCUCAAACUCAAACUCCAAAACCCCCCAAAGGCCAAACCUAAACCCUUCUAUAGCUAUCUCAACAUUUCUUCAACCAUGGCCAACUACACCGCCUCCACCACCCCCACUCUCUCUCCUCUCUCCUCCUCCUCCUCCUCCUCCAAAACCCCUUCUUCUCCCAAACCCACCUCCUCUCUCUUCCGAAAACCCCCCUCCCUCUCACACUCCCACAAAGCCCUCAUCGCCACCGCCUCCAAAAACCCCAUCGCCGGCGUAAUCUCCUCGAACAAACCAAACCCAGAUAACAAUUAUGAUUCUUUCUUCGACGAUGACGACGAAAAGCCUCGGGAGGAGUGCGGCGUGGUGGGUAUAUACGGCGACCCGGAGGCCUCCCGCCUCGCCUACCUGGCCCUCCACGCCCUCCAGCACCGCGGCCAGGAAGGCGCCGGGAUCGUCACCGUCGACAGUGACAACAUCCUCCACUCCGUCACCGGCGUCGGCCUCGUCUCCGACGUCUUCACCGAGCACAAGCUCGACCAGCUCCCCGGCGACUCCGCCAUCGGCCACGUCCGCUACUCCACCGCCGGCGCCUCCAUGCUCAAGAACGUCCAGCCCUUCGUCGCCGGCUACCGCUUCGGCUCCGUCGGUGUCGCCCACAAUGGAAACCUGGUAAAUUACCACGCCCUACGUAUCAUGCUCGAAGACAACGGGUCCAUUUUCAAUACUAGUUCUGAUACAGAAGUUGUUUUACAUCUCAUGGCUAUAUCAAAGGCUAGGCCUUUGUCCUUGAGAAUAGUUCAGGCUUGUGAACAGCUUGAAGGGGCUUAUUCUAUGGUGUUUUUGACUGAGGAUAAGUUAGUUGCGGUUCGUGACCCGUUCGGGUUUCGCCCAUUGGUUAUGGGUAGGAGGAGCAAUGGGGCUGUGGUUUUUGCCUCUGAGACUUGUGCUCUUGACUUAAUUGAGGCUACUUAUGAGAGAGAGGUUUAUCCGGGCGAGGUUUUAGUGGUGGAUAAAGAUGGGGUUCAAUCCCUUUGCCAAAUGCCUCACCCUGAAACAAAAUCUUGUAUCUUUGAGCAUAUUUAUUUUGCUUUGCCUAAUUCGGUGGUUUUCGGUAGAUCGGUGUAUGAAUCGCGUCGUGCGUUUGGUGAAAUGCUCGCUACUGAGGCACCGGUUGAUUGCGAUGUGGUGAUAGCUGUGCCUGAUUCUGGGGUAGUUGCUGCACUUGGUUAUGCUGCGAAAGCAGGCGUGCCCUUUCAACAAGGGUUGAUUAGGUCACAUUAUGUGGGGAGGACUUUUAUCGAGCCGUCACAGAAGAUUAGGGAUUUUGGAGUGAAGCUGAAGUUGUCACCGGUUAAGGCGGUAUUGGAAGGGAAGAGGGUUGUGGUUGUGGACGAUUCAAUUGUGAGAGGGACUACCUCUUCAAAAAUCGUUCGGUUGAUUAAGGAAGCAGGGGCCAAGGAAGUUCACAUGAGGAUUGCGAGUCCGCCUAUUAUUGCUUCGUGUUAUUAUGGAGUGGACACUCCUAGUCCGGAGGAGUUGAUUUCGAAUAGGAUGAAUGUGGAGGAAAUUAGGGAGUUUAUUGGGUCGGAUUCACUUGCGUUUUUGGAAAUUGACAGCUUGAAGAAGUUGCUUGGCAGUGAUUCUCCUAACUACUGUUAUGCUUGCUUUUCUGGGAAGUAUCCAGUGGAGCCAACGGGUAAAGUGAAACGAGUUGGCGAUUUUGUGGAUGAUGGGUUGAAUGGAAGCAUAGGAUCAAUUGAUGGGGGUUGGGUUCAAGGAACAAGAAUCCAGGAGGGGAAUAGAGAUUCAAAACAGAAACUCGAGGAGGAGGAGGAGAAAGUUCCAAUAUAGAAAUCACCUUUCUGCUGAAUUUAGUGAUCAGGGUUCCUCAGGUUUGCUAUAUAUUGUGCUUUUAUUGUUUUCAGAGGCAUCUUAAAGGUUUUGUGGUGAGUGUCAUUUCUCGAAGUAUUUUCAUAUUUGUUGCUGAGAUAACCUUAGGGGUUGAAGCUAACGAUUAUCUUCCAAUUUUGGUCACAUCUUCUGUUUUGGUAAUCUUUUGUGAUGUUUUAGCUAACUUAUAAAGAUUAUAAAUAAAGGGUCCUUGAUUUAGCA